AUGCUGUGCUUCCUGAGGGGAAUGGCCUUCGUGCCCUUUCUUCUGGUGACCUGGUCGUCCGCCGCCUUCAUCAUCUCCUACGUGGUCGCGGUGCUCUCGGGGCACGUCAACCCCUUCCUACCCUACAUCAGUGAUACAGGAACAACACCUCCAGAAAGUGGUAUUUUUGGAUUUAUGAUAAACUUCUCUGCAUUUCUUGGUGCAGCCACAAUGUACACAAGAUACAAAAUAGUAGAGAAGCAAAAUCAAACCAGCUAUUUCAGCACGCCUGUUUUUAACCUGGUGUCGCUAGUUCUUGGAUUGGUGGGAUGUAUCGGAAUGGGCAUUGUAGCCAAUUUCCAGGAGUUAGCUGUCCCCCUGGUCCAUGACGGCGGUGCCCUUUUGGCUUUUGUCUGUGGUGUGGUCUACACACUCCUGCAGUCCGUCAUCUCUUACAAAUCGUGUCCCCAGUGGAACAGCCUCUCCACGUGCCACGUGCGGAUGGCCAUCUCUGCCGUUUCCUGCGCAGCUGUGGUCCCCAUGAUCGCCUGUGCUUCACUAAUUUCUAUAACCAAACUGGAAUGGAAUCCAAAAGAAAAGGAUUAUAUAUAUCACGUAGUGAGUGCAAUCUGUGAAUGGACAGUGGCCUUUGGUUUUAUUUUCUACUUCCUAACAUUCAUCCACGAUUUCCAGAGCGUCACCCUAAGGAUAUCCACAGAAAUCAAUGAUGAUAUUUGAAGAAAGAAGAAUUAUAUGUCACUCAGUGAAAGUCACAGGCAAUUUCUGGAAGUGGUACA